GGGAAAAAUUCGAAUUGUAAUAAAAAUUGAGCAAAAAUGAGUAAGAAAAGUGAAGAUAUUCAUGAAAAGGAACCGGGUCCAAAGCCCGAUAUAUAUCAAGAGUUGAACGAGAUUUUUAAUGCACCCUUGGGGCGUGAGGAUGGUGAGCUGGAUACGGAUGGGAUAUCUGAAAUUGUGAAUAUCGCUGAAAUUGGACAACCCGAUUUGGACAACCUGGUAAUUGAGCAUCGGGUUGUCCAAACUACCUUUGACGGAGUGGACUAUACGGAGAGUGGGGCCCUGAUGCUUGAAGCGAUUUUACCGACUAUGGAGGCAAUACCGAUUAAUAGUGCAGAUGACCUAUCAGUCGACGAUUUGUUGGCGCAGCAGGCAUGUGCAAAAAUUUGA